AUGUUGAAGGAAUAUUCUAAAUUUCAUACUUGUGAAGAACGAGGUGAUAGUUCCGAGGAGGAAGACCAUGAUGAAUUAUUACAACAAAGACGAGGUAUUCACCUUAAUGAUAAUGGUAUAAAUGUAACCAUGAUAACACAACAGUUGCACAGGUUAUCUAAAUUAUUAGAAUUUGAGAAUAUUUCCAUGGCCAAAAUAUCUAGUACACCACCUGUAUCACUUAAAGAAUUUGAUAAUCCUCAAGAAUUUUAUAAAUUGUUAGUUAAUUAUAAUCAUUUAAUUGAAUUGAUGAUUAAUAAGAAUAAUGAAUUAACUUUGAUUAAAUUUAAAUGUCAUGAGAUUAUCAAUUCCAUGAUUAAACAAGUAAAUCAGGAACACACAUCACCUAACAAUAAUCCUCGAGAUGAACCAAUUAAAAAUCUCCCAAAUUCUGCUGACGAGAUAUGUAAAAAGUUGCAAGAUAUCUUCAACCCCAAAGAAGAAUUUGAUUCUACAUUAUAA